GUGGGUUCACCCAGUGGCUGUAAUUUGAUUUGCAAGAAUUCAGACUUCAGGCACACUGGGCAGUGCCCAUCCCAUGCAGGUGAAAUGCCUGUUCUUACCUGGUCAGGUAAGUUCGAGCCCAAACUGUGAGCAGUGGAGGAGAACAGACAACAAUGACAGAACCGAAGAAUGCCCCACCAAUGCCCACAUUAAAGAGCAGUGUCAAGAGAAAGUCCUAGACCGAGCAAGAGAGAAAACAUCAUUUCAGAGGUGGAGGAAGCUGCAGGAUUUGUUGGGACUCAAGAGCGAUGCAGAGUUUGCUGCUUUACUGCUGGACAGUGCCUCUCAUCCCUGCGUGGACAGUCAAAGAGCACUGACGUGUGGUCCGGAUGCUCUCAACAACAACACAAAGUAUGCUGCGUCCACUGUCCUUGGACUGACGGACCAGGCAGUGAUCAAGGAUGUCUUUCAGAGAGAAGGGGGUCGAGGCGUACUUGGUCUUCUUCCAGAAGUGCCUCUUCCUCUUCCUCAUGACCAGGCUGAGGGGCUGGUAGCGGUCGGCCUCGCUCAGGCUCGGCACGGGGAUCAACCUCCCCGUGUCUCCCACCUGCUUCACAAAGUUCUUAGUGGCUGCUGCGAACAUUUCCAAAGAUGCAUGAGUAUCAAAGCAGGCUCAUGAAUCAUCAUCCAUCAUCAAGACAUGAAACAUUCGGUUGUUUAAAUCAAGCAGACGUAGUUCUUGAACCACAGAGCCGUCAAGGUGGAGCAAACAUGUGGAUAUCCUGAAAAGAGAGGCUCAACUUUCGAACGUCUUUCCUCGGCAGCGUCAUCCAGCCUCGUCUUCUUUCAUCAGUCUUUUUUGGUUGGACAAAUUUAAUGCAGCCUCUAAUUAGCUACAUCUUUCAAGGCAAUUGCAUGAGCCCCGAGGAGGAGGCUGGCCUUGAAAUAAAGCAAGAAAAAAAAGGGAGAUGAUUGAGGAGGAGGAGGAGGAGGAGAGAGAGAGAAGCAGGGAGAGAGGUGGAGGGGAGCUUGUUUCAGUUUGCAGUAAUCGCUCAUCCAGGAGCCUGUUCCACUCAGGGAUAUUUGGAUUUUUUUCAGUCUGGAUGCUGUAGCUCGGGGUCGGGCUCUCUCUGACUUGUGAGGACGCUGCCUGUCUGGCAUCCAGACAUGGACCCCUCGUUGCGCUCUAGGAUUACCGUCUGCCUGGUCAUCGCCUUGGCUCAGGUGAUCGCCGUGACCUGCCAAGAAGAUGCCAAGAACGGCAGCUGCACAGAAAACGGACAGGUGUACUCCAACAAUCAGAUAUGGAGCCCCGAGUCGUGUCGAGUCUGUGUGUGCGACAUGGGGACGGUAGUGUGUGAGGACGAGGUGUGUGAGGAGCUCAGUGGCUGCCGGACGGCUGUCACUCCGGAGGGCGAGUGUUGCCCCGUGUGCUCGACGGCAGCGCCGACUCGCAGCACAGACACUGACGCUGCAGAUACCUGCACGGAAAACGGAAAGACCUACUCCCACGAUCAGAUAUGGAGGCCAGAGCCGUGUCGGAUCUGUGUGUGCGACACGGGGACUGUGGUGUGUGAGGAAGUGGUGUGUGAAGAGCUCAGGGACUGCCAAACAACCGAGGCCCCCGAGGGCGAGUGUUGCCCUGUGUGCUCCACUGCAGCACCACAGCCUCCUAGCACGGACAAUAAAACUGAUUCCUGCACAGCGGACGGCAGAGUCUACUCCAACAAUCAGAUAUGGAACCCCGAGCCGUGUCGAGUCUGUAUAUGCGAAGCGGGGUCGGUGUUUUGUGAGGACGUGGUGUGUGAGGAUGUGGGUGACUGCAAGACCACAGAGACGCCCGCGGGCGAGUGCUGCCCAGUGUGUUUGGCUGACACUCAAACUGACACCUGCACAGAAAAUGGAAAAGUCUACGCCAACAAUGACAUGUGGAACCCGGAGCCAUGUCGGAUCUGUGUGUGCGAUAUGGGAACCGCUGUGUGUGAAAAGGUGGUUUGCGAGGACCUCGGCGACUGUGAGAAAACUGUGAUCCCAGAGGGCGAGUGCUGCCCCGUGUGCUUGACUACAGCUUCAACAUCAAAACCCAGCGUGGACCCCAACACAGCUGCUGAUGAGAAGAUAAGUGAGAGCUGCACGGUCGACGAGCAGGUCUACCAACACAACGACAUCUGGAAACCAGAGCCCUGUCGCGUGUGUGUCUGCGACGACGGUGUCGCCAUCUGCGAUGAGGUGCAGUGUGAACUGGUGGCGAACUGUGAGAAGGUCAUCACCCGGGAGGGGGAGUGCUGCCCCGUGUGUGACAGCUUCGCCAGCGCCGGCAGACGGAUAGAAAUUAUGGGCUUCAAGGGAGAGAAAGGUGAGCCAGGCGAUAUCCCAUAUGUGGUGGGGCUACCUGGACAACCAGGACCCCAGGGUCCUCCAGGAGCUCAGGGACCAACUGGACCAAGAGGCUUUAAAGGCAGAAAGGGCUUUGCAGGGCCUCCGGGAUUUGAUGGAGAGCCCGGUGUGCCAGGAAAUCCAGGAGAACCAGGACCCCCAGGCCACCCUACCCACCCUGGGGGCAACCUCGUGUCUCAGAUGACUUCAGGUUUCAAUGAGAAGUCUAGUUUCGCUGGGAUGGUAUCAGGAUCAAGGGGUGAACCAGGACCACGAGGUCUCGCAGGGACAACAGGACCAGCAGGUCCACCUGGUGCUCAGGGAAUUCCAGGAGAGCCUGGAGAUCCAGGACCAAUGGGUGAGCCUGGUCAUCGAGGACCAGACGGGCCUCCGGGAAAGGCUGGACUUGAUGGAGGAUCAGGACCUGCAGGAGCUCCAGGAGAACCAGGAUACCCAGGAUCGGCGGGUGCGAGAGGAUUCCCAGGACUUCCAGGUCACCCAGGACUGAAAGGACAAAAGGGACAUGCUGGUCUUCUUGGGCCAAGAGGUGAAUCUGGAGCAGUCGGAACCAAGGGUAAAUCUGGUACUCCGGGUGGAAUGGGUGCUCCAGGUCCACUGGGACCAGCGGGGAUGCAGGGAGAGAGAGGCAGAGCUGGACCGACCGGUCCUGUGGGAAAACGUGGCACAGAGGGUCACGUUGGCAAAACAGGUCCUCCGGGUCCAAUGGGAAUUGUCGGAAUGCCAGGUUUUCCUGGAGGCCCUGGAAUGAAGGGUGAAGCUGGACCGACAGGUGUCAGAGGGAGUGCAGGACCACAGGGACCCAGAGGGGAGGCCGGUCGCGUAGGACCACCAGGACCACCAGGACAGCAGGGUGCUGAAGGGACUGAUGGAGCUCCAGGUGCCCGUGGACAAAGUGGUAUCGCAGGUGUCCAGGGUCCAGCCGGGCUGUUGGGCCCAGCCGGCACCCCUGGGCCCCAGGGAACCACUGGAGCACCAGGACCAAAGGGACAAGUGGGUGAUGGUGGCGUUCCUGGAUUCAAAGGAGAAGCUGGAUUCAAGGGAGAGAGAGGUGACCAUGGAACUCAAGGUCCACUGGGCCCAAUGGGAGAGGACGGCAAGCGAGGACCUCGUGGUGACGCUGGAUCCAUCGGUCCUCCAGGACCUCCAGGAGAGACAGGAGCUCCAGGUAAUAGAGGUUUCCCCGGUGCAGAUGGUUUACCAGGACAAAAGGGAGCCCAGGGUGAACGAGGACUGCCAGGGUCAGCCGGUGCCAAAGGUUUACCUGGAGAUCCAGGACGUAACGGAGAGCCAGGUUUAACCGGAGCUCGGGGUCUGACAGGACUAAUUGGUGCCCAGGGAGCAGAAGGAAAGCUGGGACCAAUGGGCUUAGCAGGAGAGGACGGCAAACCAGGCCCAGCUGGUUCUACUGGAGGAAGAGGUCCAGCCGGACAGAUGGGCCUGCCGGGACCAAAAGGCUUCAAUGGUGAUGCUGGGAAGAUUGGAGAGGCCGGCAGCCCCGGACCUCCAGGUCAAAGGGGUGUGAAUGGAAAAGACGGAGAGGAAGGCGCUGCCGGUCCAGCCGGCCCGGCUGGUCCUGCUGGAAAGAGAGGAGAGCAGGGACCACAGGGAGUCAAUGGUUUCCAGGGUUUGCCUGGACUUCCAGGUCCACCAGGAGAGUCAGGAAAGCCAGGUGAUGAGGGUCUUGCUGGAGAGGCUGGAGCUGUUGGUGGUACCGGUCCAAGAGGAGAGAGAGGCCCUCCAGGAGAGAGAGGUGAAGUUGGACCCAAUGGCCUGCCAGGACCUAAGGGUAGUCCAGGUGGACCAGGACCAGAUGGGCCAAAGGGUAACCCUGGUCCAGCAGGUGGUGUUGGAGAGCCAGGAGGUCCAGGACUUCAGGGUAUGCCAGGAGAGAGAGGAAUAUCAGGACCUUCAGGCCCCAAAGGAGAUGCAGGCUCUGUUGGUGAGAAAGGACCCGAGGGUAAAGCUGGAGCUGACGGUGCACGGGGGCUUCCUGGUGCUGUUGGACCUGUUGGUCCAGGUGGACCCAACGGAGAGAAGGGUGAAACUGGACCACCAGGACCUACAGGACGCAGAGGCACAAGAGGAACUCCUGGUUCUACUGGUGAGCCUGGUCCAAUUGGCGCUGCUGGCUUUGCUGGACCUGCUGGUGUUGAUGGUCAGCCUGGGGUCAAAGGUGAAACAGGUGAGCCAGGCCAGAAGGGAGAAGGAGGAGCACCUGGACCACAGGGGAUGGCUGGGAAACCAGGAAGUCAGGGACCAGUUGGUGUGGCUGGAUUGAAAGGAGGCAGAGGAACCCAGGGUCAAACGGGUUCUCCUGGUUUCCCUGGGCUGCCUGGAGGAAUUGGACCAGCUGGUGCUACGGGUGCUGUUGGGCCAGACGGGCCCAUCGGUGAGCCAGGAAAGCAGGGCCCUCCUGGUAUUCGAGGAGAGAACGGAGCUCAUGGACGUCAGGGAGAGAGGGGUCAUCCAGGCCCUGCAGGGAGCCCAGGAGAGAAGGGAGACUCUGGAGAGGACGGUCCCCCGGGGCCUGAUGGGCCUCCAGGACCUGCUGGUACAUCAGGACAGCGAGGUAUCGUGGGCACACCUGGAGUCAGAGGAGAGAGAGGCAUGCUGGGACUGCCAGGUCCUGCUGGCCCACCAGGAAAAGCCGGUGCUCCUGGAGCUCAGGGCGGACCAGGGCCUGCUGGUGGAGUCGGUUUACCAGGACUCACUGGGCCAAGAGGAGAGGCCGGGCCUGAGGGUAUUGCCGGAGCUGAGGGGUCUCCUGGUAAAGAUGGUCUUGUGGGCGAAAGGGGAGACAGGGGCAAUCCUGGUCCAGAGGGUAUGGCAGGUACUCCAGGGUCUCCAGGUGCUGAGGGCCCUGUGGGUCUGACAGGCGGUCCAGGACAAAGUGGCGAAAACGGUGCCAGAGGCCCUGUUGGACCUCCAGGGGCAGCUGGAGUACGGGGUAAAGUGGGCCCUCAAGGACCACAGGGAGUGAAAGGAGCGGCUGGAGAUCAAGGAGAGAGGGGUCAGAAAGGACACAGAGGUUUCACUGGACUCCACGGUCUGCCAGGAUCCGCUGGCGCCACAGGUGAUCCAGGAGCUAUUGGUAUUGUUGGACCAGCUGGGCAGAGGGGUCCUCCAGGAGUGUUGGGUCCACCAGGAAAGGAAGGAAACAUUGGUCAGCCUGGACCUAUGGGUGCUCCUGGAGGCAGAGGAUCCAGUGGUGAACUUGGAGAACAGGGUCCUCAUGGUGAACCUGGACCACCCGGCCCUCCAGGCCCUCCUGGACCCCCCACCGCAGCUGUGGAAGACCUCUUCGUUCCCUCUUACGACUAUGACAUGAAUGGCGGUGGCAUGCCGGAUGCUGUGGAAUUCGUCGAGGACGAAAUGGCCGCUGAUCCUCCUCCACCCCCAGAGAUGAACAAAGACGAGGCUCUUCCCAAUAAGAACGAGGCUGCCCUGCGUGCAAACACUGGAGUCCACGCCACACUGAAGACCCUCAGCGGACAUCUGCAAAACCUCCGCAGUCCUGACGGCAGCAAGAUGAACCCUGCAAAAACCUGCCAGGACAUCAAGCAGUGCUACCCUCAGAAACAGAGCGGCGAGUACUGGAUUGAUCCAAACCAGGGGAGCACAAAGGACGCCAUCAAGGUCUUCUGCAAUAUGGAAAAUGGGGAAACUUGCAUCUCUGCCAAUCCGGACAACUUCCCCAGCAAAGCCUGGUGGACGAAAUCCACUCCCACCGCCAACAAACCUGUGUGGUUUGGAGCAGACAUGAACAGCGGAACCAGAUUCCGAUAUGGAAAUAAAGAGGAGCAGCCGAACGCUGUGGCGGUCCAGCUGAAGCUUCUGCAGCUUUUGUCCAAGGAGUCACACCAGACCGUCACCUACAACUGCAGGAACAGCGUGGCCUACAAAGAAGGGAAGAGCAACAGCCUGAAGAAAGCUCUGGUCCUCAAAGGCUUCAACGGCCAGGAGCUGAGAGCGCAGGGCAACACCCGCCUCCGAUACACAGUCGUCGAUGACGGCUGCUCGACAUCAAACGGAGCGUGGGGCAAGACUGUGAUUGAGUACAGGACUCAAACUCCGGCCAGGCUGCCCGUGGUGGACUUGGCCCCCAUGGAUGUUGGAAAGGCCGAUCAGGAGUUUGGCCUGGACAUCGGCCCUGUGUGCUUCUCAUAAAACACAAACAAGAUGGACAGAAAAAUCCCUUUUUUCAGAGGAGUUACAUCAUCACCAGAAAUUAUAGUAUAUGGACUCCUCUUUGUGUGAGCAUACAAAGUCGAUGAAGGUUAGAUAUUUUUUGUUUUUUUUAUCGAUGCCAUUCUUCACAAAUGGCUGCAUUUCCCAUAAGCUGUCGAAGUAUUUGCUGUGGCUGCCAGCAACGUAAUUUAUUCAGCAAUCAAUACUUUUACAAACGAGAGCACAGUACUCUAUGGGGAAAUGCAUGUGGGUGGAAAAAUAAAGUCUAAGGUGCUAAAUAAGAUUACAUUGGGUGGACUGUGGUGGAUCAAUGGAUUGUAAACGUGCAUAAACUGGAAAACAGCCGAUAAUAUUAAAGUUUUGAGAGAUUUAGUGGUGAAAUUAAAGUGUAUUCCAGUAAAUAAAAGUGUUUAAUUUGGCUUUUUCCUCGUAAAUGCACGUGCAGAGGCCUGGAUAGGGGAGGAGUUGUUAUAGCAAUGACUGUAGUUUUUAUUUUAAUGGAAUAAAAGAUGAACAUCAUGCUUGAACGUAAAUUAUUAAGUUCUGUGCCGGAACUCAUUUACUCUAUUCAACAGAAAAAAAAGCCUUUGUAUCUCCUUUUUAAAACUUCUGUAAAUGCAACAUAUGACUGUAAAUUGCAAAUUAUUUGUUUGUUGUUGACUGUGGAUGUGGAAUAAAUGUCUUUCUUUGGAAUAAACCGAGGCCAUAAAA